CGAACCCCGCUCCAACUAUCGAUACGCCUGCGCAAAUGCUCGGGGCGAAUGGCAAUUCAGUGUCACACGGGAAGAAGAAGCAGCGAAAAGAAUUUUAGAAGAAAGCAAAUGCAAUUUUGUCAUAAUCGUAGCUGCAAUUCGCAAUGAAUAAUGGAAACUAGACAGCCCAGUUCCGGUGAUGAGAUAAAACCAGAGCUGUACUUCCUCAUCUCCAAGUUUCUGGCUGCGGGGCCUCUGGAGGAAACGGCAAAGGUCCUAAUCCGGGAACUCGAGGAGAAGAAGGUUUUGCCGCGUCGCCUCGAUUGGCAGGGAAACGAGCAUGCACAGACCUUUGAGGAAUUGGAACGAAAGUACAAGCACAUUGGCGCCAACCAUCUGCUCGAAAUAUGCUCACGCCUGGGUCCGCUGGUGGACCGUGAGUUGCCGUCUAGUAUUCCAGGCAUCAACUCGCUCCUGGGCACAGGACGGCAGAACCUCCUGCGUACCAAGGACACCUACUACUGCCACCGCUCCCUGAAGGACUAUUGCACCCGCCUCCAUGGGGUGUCGCUGCCGGAUUCUAGCCUUACUAAGCCCACACACAACUUAGAUCGCGUUCUUACUGGUCGGGAACAUGGCGGAGAUGUGCGUCGCAAGCUGCUCGUGCCCACGGAUCUGUACCGUCGGACGAAGCUGCUCCGUCGCACCGUGGGUCACCUUUCCUCGGUUUACUGCGUACUCUUCGACCGCACAGGCCGCUACAUCAUCACCGGAGCCGAUGAUUUGCUCAUCAAGAUCUGGUCAGCGGCAGAUGGACGCCUUCUGGCCACUCUGCGCGGCGCCUCCUCCGAGAUUACGGACAUAGCCAUUAACUUAGACAAUACAAUGCUAGCUGCCGGGUCGCUGGAUCACAUUCUUAGGGUGUGGGACAUGCAGACCACCUCGCCCAUCGCCGUUCUGUCCGCCCACACGGGCAUGAUAACGUCGGUGAACUUUUGCCCGUCGCCACGCAGCGAUCUCAAGUAUCUGGUGACCACAAGUACGGAUGGAUCGAUUGCCUUUUGGCAGUACUCGACGCCGCGCGGCCAAAAGAUAACGUUUGCCCCAAAGCCAACGCAGUACCACGAGAAACUAAGGCCUGGACAAGCCCAGAUGAUGUGUACCACCUUCUCGCCGGGCGGUAUUUUCUUGGCCGCCGGAUCCGCCGAUCACCAUGUGCGAGUCUACAUGAUGGGCGAGGAUGGACCGAAGAGAAUCUUGGAAACGGAGGCAUACACGGAUGCCGUGGACUCGGUGCAGUGGUCUCAUCGUGGGCUAAGGUUUAUCUCGGGCAGUAAGGAUGGUACUGCUCACAUCUGGACAUUUGAGUCGCAGCAGUGGAAGAGCGUCAAGCUGUGCAUGACGGAGCGUCUACCCAGCUGUCCGGAACCGGAAGAGGGGAAGAGGCUAAAGGUCACCAUGGUGGCUUGGGAUGCCUCUGAUCGUUACGUUAUCACCGCCGUCAACGAUUUUACUAUAAAAAUAUGGGACUCGAAAUCAGCCAAGCUGCAUCGUGUUCUGCGUGGCCACAAGGAUGAACUGUAUGUGCUUGAGUCGAAUCCUAGAGAUGAGCACGUGCUGCUCUCCGCCGGACACGAUGGUCAGGUGUUCCUGUGGGACAUUGAACAGGGCGUUUAUGUGGCCAACUUCCUGAACGACAUCGAUGGCCAGGGACAUGGCAGUGUGUUCGACGCGAAGUGGUCUCCGGAUGGCACGAUGAUAGCUGCCACCGAUUCACAUGGACACAUCUUGAUCUUUGGUCUGGGAGUCUGCAUUGACAAAUACAAAAUGUUGCCCACGGAGCUGUUCUUUCACACGGAUUUCCGACCAUUGGUGCGUGAUGCCCACCAUCAUGUGGUGGAUGAGCAGACGCAGAUCAUGCCCCACCUGAUGCCGCCGCCUUUUCUGGUCGAUGCAGAUGGCAACCCGCAUCCAACCAAGUAUCAACGCUUUGUUCCAGGUCGGGAAAGCUGUAGCUUAGACCAAUUGGUUCCGAAUCUUACCGUGGGAGUGGAUGGCGUAUUCAUCGAUGAUUUAGGGGCAGGUGGUGAUGUUGCCGUGCCUGCUGCUCCUGCUGAGGCCCCACCGGCAGGAGUCGCCCCAGGAGCUGCAGGAGGAGCAGUGGGAGCGAACUACUCCCAUAUAGACCGCAUGAUUGCAGCCCUGGCCAAUCGACAGUCGGGAAAUGCCAAUGCCAACGAUGCCAAUCCGAGCAAUGCGAAUCAGUCUUUUGAGCGUUUGACCAAUCGUCAAUUGCCUGACUCAAAUGGCAGACAAUCCUCACGUGGCAAUGUCCUGGGCAGUCGUCUGAGCACGCCUCGACAAGGAUGGGGAGCGGCAGCUGCUCCGCCGGCUGAGGAGCAACCAGGACCUUCUCAACGGCCAGCAGAUGCGGCAGCAGCUCUUGGCCAGCCACAGCAGGCUCUCCCACUUAAGUUCAUCCGUCGCACCUACGUGCGUCCCAUGAAAUACCCCCAGUUGCAGAACCUCAAGCAGACCAUCUACGCUGCAGGCCAGUUUGAGAAGCAGGAGUACAAACGCGAGAUGCGACGCCGACCCAUCAUGAUCAACACGGCCAGUGCGGCUUCGUCGCAGCAGCCGGGCAGUGUGGGCAGGCCGAGGAACACGCGUGCCAAUGGAGGCGGUGCCAGAGUUGGUGGAAGACGCCGUGGCGCACAACCUGCAGCGGGACAACAGCAGCAGCAACCGGCAUAUCGCACACGUGCUGUGCGGGAUCAGGAGCCAGAGCGCUUUGACGAAGUGGCACCGCCACCCGAGGAAGAGGAGGACGAUGUGUCCAGCAACUCGUCCGGCGACACCAGCUACUCGAAUGUGGAAGAGAACUUGGAGGACAGCAGCGACGAAUCGGAAACGGACAGCUCCGACUAUUCGGACUGGGUGGCUGAUACGCCCGGACCGAAUCUGGAGCCACCGAAGCGCUCAAAACGCAAACCGCUCUCCCGGCGCCCUGGAAGUAGCGAUGAUAGCAGCGACGACGAAAGAGCGGGAGGCAGAGCUAGAGGUGGUCAGGUUACGGCCCGAAAGGUGGGACGUAAAACCGUUUUGAUCCCGCCCACAGAUGCUAAUGGCGAGAUUCCGGAACUAUAUCGUCCUGCAGAAUGGUUGUCGGAGGUAAUUCCACGGAAGGCACCCUACUAUCCGCAAAUGGGUGACGAGGUGGUUUACUUCCGCCAGGGACACGCCAAGUACUUGGAUGCAGUGCGCCUGAAGAAGGUGUACAAGCUAUCGCACAGCUCGGAGCCCUGGAACUUCCACACCCUGCGCGAUCAUGAGUUGGUUCGAGUGAUUGGAAUCAAGUACGAGAUCCGACCACCUCGGCUGUGCUGCUUGAAGCUGGCCAUCAUCGAUGAGGAGGGCAACAUGACGGGGACGACGUUCAAGAUCAAGUACCACGACAUGCCGGAUGUCCUGGACUUUCUCGUGUUGCGCCAGACCUUCGAUCUUGCCGUGCAGCGCAACUGGAGUAUUGGUGAUAGGUUCCGCUGCAUGAUUGUCGACGGCUGGUGGAUGGGUCAGAUCGAAUCCCGCCACGCCCUCUCCGCCGAUUUUCCCGAUUCGUCGUUCAUGUGCUUCCGCGUGCGUUGGGACAACGGCGAGUACGAGUUCAUGAGUCCCUGGGACAUGGAGCCCAUCGACCAGCAACGAGUGCCGGAUGAGGUGGGCGGUGCUGUUCCUGUGCUGCCGGAGGAGAUACGCGCCACACUGUACCAGCCCAAGUCGGAAGAAUGGCAUCGCGGCGAUCGGGAUGGCACUUGCAGGCGCAUAAUCAAUGGACUGGAACAGGUAAUGCGUCUGUCAAUAGCGGAGCACUUCCUCGCGCCCGUCGACCUCAACAUUUAUCCAGACUAUGCCUACUUGAUCGAGUAUCCCAUCGAUCUGACCACGGUCAAGUCGCGCUUUGAGAAUCAUUUCUACCGACGCAUCACCUCAGCCCAGUUCGAUGUGCGCUACUUGGCCACCAAUGCGGAGCAGUACAACCGCCGGCAUGCAAUCAUCGUCAAGCAUUCGCGGAUUGUCACUGAUCUUUGUUUGAGGAUCAUCAGGGAGCCGGAUGAAAUAGACGUGGCUGCUGUUUAUCAUCAGCUGGCAGAUGUGUACCACUCGUCCGAGUCGGAAAACGAGGCGGACUCGGAUGUUGUGCCAUCGACCAGCACCGGACCAACGACCUCGGCAGCUGCGGCAGCAGCCAGGCAAAGAGUUGCUUCCGCACGACGCUCCACUCGAAUUCACUCAGAAGGAGACUGGCGUGCCGACUGCCGACAACUACUGGAUUUAAUGUGGGCACGAACGGAUUCCGUACCGUUCAGGGAGCCCGUGGACACGAUUGACUUUCCCGACUACCUGGAAAUCAUUGCCACGCCCAUGGAUUUGCGCACUGUGAAGGAGGAUCUGCUGGGCGGCAACUAUGACGAUCCGUUGGACUUUGCCAAGGAUGUGCGACUGAUUUUUCAAAAUUCAAAGAACUACAACACCAACAAGCGCUCGAGGAUUUACUCCAUGACCUUGCGAUUGAGUGCGCUAUUUGAGUCGCAUAUUAAAACGGUGGUCACCAGCUGGAAGGCGGCUUGCAGGCGGGCAAAUAAAAACAAAUCGGGAAGUAGUGGCGGCGGAGGACGCGGUGGUUCGAGUAGCAGUCCCAACAAGCGAACGAAUAAGGAGCGGUCUACGCGUCGCAAUCAAAAACCAACGGCAGCUGCCAGAAGAUUGCCACUUGCCAACUCAAGCGAGGAAGAAGACGAAGAGGAGGAGGAUGAUGACGACGACGAUGAUGAUGACGAGGAGGCGGCAGCAACAAGAGUUCGAUCCCGUCGUCGGAACGGUGUGGCCGUAAGUGCUAGUUCUUCUGGCUCGAACCGCGUGACCUCAUCAUCGACCGCCCAGCAGCGACGCAUUAAGAGCAGCAGCAGCGAAGAGGAAGAGGAGGAGGAGACCAGUGCGCAAGCCACGUCGGAUGCCAGCAGCGAUGAGGAGGAGAGAGCGCAGUCCAACGACAGUUCGCCCCAGCAGACACGCACGCGCCGAGCCAGGCAGAGGCAACGUCUGAGCGACGACUCCAAUGGCAACGAUUCCGAGGAUAGCUACAAUCCCAACGAGGGACGCGGCAGUCGAAGAUCGGGGGGCAAACGUCAAUCUAGCCAGCGGCAAAACGGCCAUUCUAGCAAACGGAGAAGAAUGAACCAGAGUCCUGCCAAUGCGACUGCUGCAGCAGGUUCGCCCCGUCGAACACGUCGCAUGGUGGGCAGUUCCGCCGAGGAAGCGGCCUCCCACUCGCAGCACGACGAGAGCACCCAGGACAGCCAAGUGGGCCGUCGGAAAGGCCGUUCGGCGGGUGGCAGGUCCCAGGCCAUCGGAAAUGGACCCAGCACUAGUGCCGCAGCUGCCAACUCCAGCCUGCAGAGCCCAUCGAGGAACACUCGGGCGAAUGGUAGUCGCACCUCGUCCCAUCUUGCGGCGGAAAAUGACCACAGCUAUCACCUGCCAGUGCGCAAUGGGCGCAUCAUCGAAUCCGAUACAGACUCUCCCGUCAUCAGACCUACGCGCCAAAGCACCAAACGGGCGCUAAUGGUUUGGGGACGCGGCAGUGACAUCGAGGAAGAAGAAGAGGAGGAGGAGGAUGAGGAGGAAAGCGAAGAAGCCGAGGAGAUCCUACCCACGCCAACGAAGGACGACGUGCCCUCUACUAGCCGAGCCGCUUUGGCUCAGGCCGCAGCUGGUCCUGUCCGUCAGCUGCGUACGAACCGCAACACCGUGGUCCGCCCAGCCCAAAGUGACGAUGACGACGAUGACAGCGACAAUGAGCCGCUGGCCAACAAUCAGCAAAAAAACUACCAAUCACCUGCAAAAUCAAGCUCAACGACCCAAGCAGCUCCUCAUCCGCUCAGCCUGCGUCGUCGUUUGGCCUCGCCGCCGGAACGGAACACACAUAUGACCCGUUCACACGCCACCUCUACCACGACGUCAUCGGCAGCUGGCUCCCGGGGAGAACAGCGGCCGGCGGUGUCCACGCAUGACCACAACUACCUGGGCAAUGUUAACUCAUCGAGGGCACCAAGACGCAUUCUUUCUCGCCAUCAAAGAAAUGCCGACGAGCUGGACACCAGUUUGGAUGUCCUAGAGAACUCGCGUCUGCUCUCAGCCAUAGCCAAUCACCGGCGACCCACCUCUACCACGAAUAGCAACAGCAAUACUGCCCGCCAUGUGGUUACAAGACGUCUGCGUGGACGCGUCAGUCAGGCAAAUUCGCACGACGAGGACCACGAGGAAGAGGAGGCGGCUGCCUCGGAUGAGGGAACCGACGGCGGCUCCAGUUCUCAGAGUUACGAAGAGGAAGAGGACUCCGACUCGGAAGACAAUCAGCCACUGACCAGCUAUGUUUCACCCAACAAUGGACGCACGCGGCGCAAGGCGAAAACCUCCUCCUCCUCGGCGACAACGCAGGAGCGUCCGCUGCGACGCACUCGCCGCCCGCCAUCGAAUAACUCCUUUGUCAACGACAACGACGAUGACGACGACUAUGUGGAACCACGAAAUCGUCGGAGCAAUCGAAGCGGGAGCCAGCGGGCCGGUCGGAAUCAAAAAAGACCGCGAUACAACGAGCAGUCUGAAGAGGAGGAGGCGGCGGCUGGUUACUCCCAUCGAAGUAAACGAAUCCGGAACGGCGAUGCCCAUGCCAGCUCGCAGGAGCGAUCCCAGCCGUCCACCGAGCGAUACCAAGCGGAGGAUGACGACGAGGGCAGCUCAGUGGACUCGGACGAGCAUCGGGUGACCGUGAGCAGCCGGGGCAGAGUGCGCAAACCGUCUGCCAAGGCGCGCGGCAUCUUCAAGGAGUGACCGCAGACUGUUUUAUGUAUAAAUUAAAUCUAAUUGCUAAACCAACAAAAACAAUUGUAACAUUUGCUAGCGUCUUAUUUCUUAUUAUUGAUUAAUAUGUAAGAGUAUCACAUAACUUGUCGUUGUAACUGUCAGUGUCACCGUCACGGUCAUUGUCCAGUCAAGGCUACCCUCCCAAAACCCCAAAAUUAACCCACCCACCCCGAUCCGUCACAUCCCUAGGCUUAAGUAUGGUGUGUUCAACCCAUAUCCAUCAUACACAGUGGCAGAAUACGUUUGAUUAUUGUUCAAGUCUUAAGUUGUUUAUUGGCAUACACCACCCUACAUCCUGUGUGUAGGGGGCAAGGCCAGAGCAACGUUUUAUAUGUAUUUCUAUAAUAUAUAGGUACUAUCAUACAUAUAUAUUUAAAAGGUAGCACACGGAAUCACACUUCAUUUAAAAUAGUUUUAGAAUAAAGUAUCAUGAAAAAAAACUGCAUGUAA